AUGGAAAAUAAUAAUAAUAAUUUUCUAGGCGACUUAACCGACAUCAUCAGAGCUAGCGGCGCUUCUCCUCCCGACAAGUGGCAGUUCCCAACAAGCAACAAAACGGACAACCACCUGAACGAGCCAAGCCGCGAUGAUUUUGGUGACCCAUUUACCCAUUUCGAUGACCCGUUUUUCCCUGGCAAGCUCGGGUUUUUCGAUGAGAGUAAAAGUACAUUAGGGUUUACUUCUUCUGUUGUUGUUGCUGCUGUUGUUGAUGUUGCUGGUCGAAAUAAUAAUAAUAAUAAUAAUAAUAAUAAUAAUAAUAAUAAUAAUAAUAAUGAAAAUAAUAUUAUUAGUAAUAUGAUUGGCCGAGGGAUUAGUCUUGAGGAUGAAAAGAAAAGACCUAAUUGCUAUUUUUCGAGGAUGAUUCAGAUAUCUCCGGCAGGUGGGGCGCCGGUGGCGGCUUUGGAUCGCCGGAAUUCGGUAGCUUCGAAAAAUGCAGCUCAUAUGCAGAUCUCGUCUCCACGAAAUACGGGCAUCAGAAGAAGGAAGAGUCAGGUGAAAAAAGUGGUAUGCGUACCAGCGCCAACUCCUGCAAAUAGCAGGCCCAGUGGGGAAAUUGUACCCUCCGAUCUUUGGGCCUGGAGAAAGUACGGUCAGAAGCCCAUUAAAGGUUCCCCAUACCCAAGAUGUAGCAGCUCCAAAGGAUGUUCGGCUAGAAAACAAGUCGAGCGGAGCCGAACAGACCCGAACAUGCUUGUAAUCACCUACAACUCAGAGCACAACCACCCGUGGCCCACCCAGAGGAACGCCCUCGCUGGCUUCACAAGAUCUCAACCGUCCAAAACUGACACAACCAGCCCAAAAUGCCCGCCGGCACAAAAUCCCACGGACGAGCAAAAGAAAACCACCGGACCAGAAAACACAUCAUUCACGACAUCAGCUGCUGACAUCAUCAUCCAAUCCACGAAAGAGGAAAUGGGUCCGGAUCCAGAUUUCGAUCCCGACCCAAGUUUCGACGACGGGCUUUUGGGUUGCUACAAGCCCGUUUUCCCAGGUCUCGACCACUCGGAGGAUAGUUUUUUUGCAGAUUUAGAGGAGAUUGAGGCUGAUUCUCUAGAUAUGUUCGGGUUCUUGGGCGGGUUGGGUCGCACGAGUUUGGAUCCGGUUAGAUAUUACGAUUGGGAUGGGAGCAAUGAUGCAUGUGCCAGUUCUCCCGGA